CUCAACCAACGGGUCACAAGCAGCAACAAGCGGACAGGACGCAGCGCAUUUUGGAGAAUUCAGCAGCAUGGAAUGUGCUCGCCGAGUCUGCCGCGAGUAGACCACGACAAAGCCUCUUGAAGCAGCCGUGCCCGAGAAGAGACGCGGCGUUUGCCAUUCUAGGAUCCGUUUGUCCCAUUCAAGUGGACUUUUGCAGGAUGACAUGCUGAGAGGAAGGCCGGCGGCGUUUGUCACCGUUUGGUGCCUGGCUUGGCUGCUGUGCGACGGGGCGCACGCCUUCAGCCGGGACGCCGUGCACCAGGUGGAGAUCCUCCGCCGGCAGGACGCAGCUUCGUGUGCAGACUGCAAGCUGUACACCCCGAGCGUCAGUGACUACAAGACGUGUCCCAAGGACACCCUGAAAUGCUUCUCGGCGGAAGUGCGGGUUCUCCUCGCCGAGUGGGAAGGAAGUCAGCAGCCGGAUUUGGAGCGGGCCCUCCGGUCCUUUGCGGACCAGCGCAACCACAGCGGUCGGCGGUGUCGUCCGUGCGAGCUCCACCCAGAAGAAGACGUCCCGCGCUUCCUGGACCAACUUCUCCAAACUCUGCAGGCCAACAACAACUGAAUUUUGUGCUUCGAGCACAACGAGGACGCCACUGGAACGCUUUAUUCUUCAUCCGAGGAAAUAUGCCCCCUGCUGGCCAUUAGCAACUUUGCACGCUGCUAUUACUGCAACUUCUUUUUUGUUUUUUCUCUUUUUAUCAACUAGUAGUAGUCUUCUUUUUGCAAUCAGCAGAAUCCUUUCAUCUUCAGCAAGAAUCGUUGUUUUCCUUUUACUUUUUUUCCCCCUCUCUCUCUCGUAUGCGUGUGAUCGUGGACAUGUGGGAGCCGCUGAUUGGCUGUUUUGGCCUGAUUGGCACAAUGGGCCAAAGAAAAGGACGCGAGUUGUUGUUUUUUUCCCAGCUGCUCCCUUGACAGUUGGCCAACGGUUGCAUUUGCAGCUGUUGUGACGUGAGUGGAGAUUUGACAACAAGCGUGUUGUAGCAAUAUCGAAAAUGAUUGGUGCCUGCUUGGCGUCUGCUCUGAGGAGGUUAGGAGGCCUCCUUCUCGAACGUUCCUUUUUGGCCUAUCUGUCAUUUCCAUCUCCCCUCCUAUAAGCCUCAAUCCUGUUUGGUUUCUUGGUUUCCUUUUUUGUUUCCCCUCCUGGGAUGUGUGUAUAUUUUUAAUAACACAGUACUGAAAUAAACGUCCUUUUAUAUU